UUAAAUUCUAAUUAGAGAUGCAGGAAUCAAUGAUAGGGAGGUUGGACAGCUCAGUUCCCCAGUGCCAGCCCAAUAGACGGAUGAGUUAUUGUCAUGUAAAAAGCGCCAGCAAUAAGACCAACCGCUUUGCUAUUGUCCAAGUGGAAAGAGCCAAGUUUAUUAUGAGGACUAUAUGCUCUAGAGACCUCAGACAAGGCAUCUCAUAGGAGGCUUUUUCAUAAAACUAGGCUCUGCUGGUAGUAAGGAGGCCAGUUUGGAGGCAGGCGUUGAGCUGUGCACAUCUCCCCACUCCAGCCACCUUCUCCAUACCCAUCUUUUAUUUCAUUUUUCCACUUGGCUGAGCCAUUCAGAGCCUUUUCAAUGUAUAAAAUGGAAUAUUCUUACCUCAAUUCCUCUGCCUACGAGUCCUGUAUGGCUGGGAUGGACACCUCGAGCCUGGCUUCAGCCUAUGCUGACUUCAGUUCCUGCAGCCAGGCCAGUGGCUUCCAGUAUAACCCGAUAAGGACCACUUUUGGGGCCACGUCCGGCUGCCCGUCCCUCACGCCGGGAUCCUGCAGCCUCGGCACCCUCAGGGACCACCAGAGCAGUCCGUACGCCGCAGUUCCUUACAAACUCUUCACUGACCACGGCGGCCUCAACGAGAAGCGCAAACAGCGGCGCAUCCGCACUACUUUCACGAGUGCGCAGCUCAAAGAGCUCGAGAGGGUCUUUGCGGAGACGCACUACCCUGACAUCUACACCCGGGAGGAGCUGGCCCUGAAGAUCGACCUCACUGAGGCCCGAGUGCAGGUGUGGUUCCAGAAUCGCCGCGCCAAGUUUCGCAAGCAGGAGCGUGCGGCUGCGGCUGCGGCGGCAGCGGCUAAGAACGGCUCUUCGGGGAAGAAGUCCGACUCGUCCAGGGAUGACGAGAGCAAAGAGGCCAAGAGCACUGACCCGGACAGCACAGGGGGUCCAGGCCCCAACCCCAACCCCACUCCCAGCUGCGGGGCAAGUGGCGGCGGCGGCGGUGGGCCCAGCCCCGCAGGAGCCCCGGGAGCUGCGGGGCCCGGGGGCCCGGGAGGCGAACCCGGCAAGGGCGGAGCGGCGGCUGCGGCGGCGGCAGCGGCGGCGGCUGCGGCGGCUGCGGCGGCUGCGGCGGCUGGAGGCCUGGCUGCGGCCGGGGGCCCCGGACAAGGCUGGGCUCCCGGCCCCGGCCCCAUCACCUCCAUUCCGGAUUCACUCGGGGGGCCCUUCGCCAGCGUCCUAUCUUCGCUCCAAAGACCCAACGGUGCCAAAGCCGCCUUAGUGAAGAGCAGUAUGUUCUGAUCUGGGAUCCUGUGGCGGCGGCGGCCGCGGGCGAGCCAGGGCCCGGGCGGGCGAGUGGGCGAGCUGGUAGGCCCAAGGCUACUGUCGUCGCUGCUGCCGUGGCUUUUUUAUUGAGAGCCUAAAGUAAUCGCGAUAAGAAUAAAGAGAAAACGGCGUCGCCCCCAUUUCAACCCCACUCCUACUCCCAUCCUGAACCCCCAAACAAAACAAAAAACUUCCUGGCUUCGCACCUGCCUCGGGGUCGCGCAGACGGGCCAGGACUCCGCCUGCUGCCUGGGAGGUGUGAGCGGCGCAGCCUGGACUCCGGGGGCACUCUCAGGGGGCUGUGUCUGCGUGUAGUGUAUGUCUGUCUCUGGGAAUGUGUGUCUGUGGCCCGAGCAGGUGACAGAGAGAUGGGUGGUGGUGGGGCACAACCAAUUCAGUGACUUGCUUAGAAAAA